UAGAAACCAAAUCUGAAGUUGAGCAUUCACACACCUAGCAACUCAUCAUCCUACAAUACAGUCCACAAAUAAGCAAUUCAACAACAUCCACACAAUCACAAUCGCCCCGAAAAUUCAACAUGAACAUCCAAGAUCAAAAGCAUCUAAACCUCCAAUCAGAUAAAAGCACGGGCAGUCUAUCCAAUCAAGAUGAUGACGUCACUUUCAUCAAAGAGUCUUCUGUCAAAAACUUAUUAAAUUGGACAGACUGUGUAGAUGCAAUGGAAUCAGCACUAGUUGCAAUUUCAAACACAUCACAAAAUUCAGAAACUGAACCUUUUUCAUCCCAAACACCUCGAACCUUUACAUUUGCUGGCAAUAAAGGAGUUUUGCUGACAAUGCCUGGAUAUGCAUCAAAUUAUACUUUAAAUUCAGUCACUGGAAGUGAUAAAAAGCAUUCAACAUUGUCAUGCAAGCUUGUCACAUCUUUCAGUGGAAAUUCUCAAUUAAAUCCAGCAAUUCCUGGAAUUCUUGGAACUAUUUUGUUAUUUAAUUCUGACACUGGAAAGCUGAAAGCUAUUGUGGAUGGAACUGAAAUUACAGCGUGGCGUACAGCAGCUGUUAGUGUUGUUGCUACGAAAUAUUUGUAUUGUGACCUGAGUUUAAAGAACUUGGAUGGGAAUAUGACGGGAAAGGAACUGGCAAUUGUUGGAUGUGGAACUCAGGGUAGAAUCCAUGCUCUAGCAAUGCUUAAUUACUUCCCAAAUGUCUUCAUAAAAGUGAAAUUAUGGAACAGAAGUUUAAAUCGAGCUGAGAAGUUAAAGAAAGAAUUAAACGCGUUGUUUCCAGAGAUUAUCAUUGUGAUUGCAGAUUCGUCAAUUUUGUGUGUCGCAGGUGCUGAUUGAGUUGUUACGGCAACAAAUUCCAGUCAACCGUUAUUUGAGCUUAAAGAUUUGAAGGAAAAUGUUCAUAUUAAUGCAAUUGGAGCUGGAACAAACCAUCAUUCUGAGCUAGCCAUGGAUAUUUAUCAGUCAUCGAGUGUCUACAUUGAAAGCUAUAUUGGACUAGAAACUGAAUUGAAAGGAAUUAAGGAAUAUGUAAAUGGAGAAGUUGGUGAAAUUGUUGCCGGAAAAAAGUUUCUUCACAAAAUAGAAAAUAGCAAAAAUGUCACAGUCUUUCAAUCGAUGGGAAAUGCCAUAGAAGAUGGAGUCAUGGCAAAUAUGAUUUAUCAAAAGUUUAUGAAAAUUGA